AUGAAUUUAUCUAUUACAUCGACUGCUACCACCAAUGAGGAAAUUGCCGUAUCAGCAAGAUGGUCGGCACUACGUGCAGCGGCGACCAGACGUGGUGGUGCACGACGUUUGCGCAGAGAAAUAACAGCAUUGAGAGAAACCCUAGACGAUAUCUGCGAGCCCGGAGACUGUGCUCCACAACCGCACACCAGAGCUCAAUUACACAGAAGGAUUGAAGAAUUAAAGGAUCGCCUGUCUCGUCUUCUAGAAUGCAAAGUCUCGAUGCUAAAACUGACUGUAUCUGUGCGUCGUGUUUUGGGUGACACAGAGAACGAUGACGGAGGGCUGUCGAAAGAAUUGACUGCAUUGCAAUCUGCAUGGGAUGAUGCACAUCAAAAGACAUCAAACGAACUGCUCUCUUUGGAAAAGGCAGUUUGCGCGUGGACAGAAUGGGAGAGUGCACUACGCGAGCUCCAGGGUGCUUUAAGAGGAGACCUAGCAACAUUGGAAGCGCUAAGGGACCGUGGAACAGCAAUUGGUGACCAAAACGAAGUGACUACUCAAAUAAGACAGUUGGCUGCAUCGUUGGUCGAAAAGAAGAAGGGUAGUUCAACCUGCGACUCACUGUCGGACUCGGGUAUCUCUGACGGAGACAGCGAGGGAGCGGGCCGGCGCGCGCGGCGCCUCGGCGCGCUGCGGGAGCUCGCGCGACGGCUGCAGGCGGCGCUUGCGCCCAACUCGCCUGCGCAGAGAGCUAUCGCAAAGCGCAUGGAGCAGACAGAAAAUGAAGUACGCACGCUCCAGGAAUCCUGUCGCGCUUUAGUAGAACAAAGCAUUCCAGAUCUAAAAAUUGAUGAGGAAACCAGAGAGAAUGGCAUAACAACUAUAGCUGGUAACAAAACUGGUGCUGGAGGACCCUGA